GUGAUGAGCUGCUAAUUGUGAGACGCGAGCGUAGAAUGUCGAAGUGAUUAAUCGUCGUCGUCGUCCUAAGAAUGCCCCAACAACGUCUGUGACAGGGCGAUGUCGAUUUGUGUUUUUUUGUUGAGAUCAUUUCGCGACAAAGUGAAUAUCAAGGAACCACAAUUGAGGAUCCGUUCGGAUGAUUUAAAUUCACUGAAUAUAAACACAACACGUUGCGAUGUUGUUUUAGGAGCUACUCUGUAAUCACACGCAAGGCGACACGUGCAGAGCGUUGUUACAUCACGUGAUCAUCAAUCUCCUACGUCUGCACGACAUGUUAAACACGUGUCAGUCUCGCUGUGUUUACGAGUUAAACAUAUUCACAGCUUAGUUCAGCUACAGCAAACGCACGAACACGUUGCUUAGAUUACACACAUCCAAGAUUCUACAGAGCAGCAGAGCCCAUCCGAGUUCAGCAUGUUCAGCUCCAGCCUCUACGCCGCCAGGAAGCGCAGACGGCCGACAAUGAAGAGAUGCUCCCCGAGCGUUGCGCAGCCUUCGCUCUGCGAGGGGCUGAAGAGCAACCCCUCCAAGCGGCACCGCGAGCGGCUCAACGCGGAGCUGGAGAAGCUAGCGCAGCUGCUGCCCUUCCCGGACGAGGUGCGCGCCAAGCUGGACAAGCUCUCCAUCCUGCGCCUCUGCGUCAGCUACAUUCGGGCCAAGAGCUUCUUGAGCGCCUCGCACCUCACCCCGACCGAGUGGAGUCCGGGAGCCGAAGCAGCAGCGACGGCGUCUGCCCUGCCGCUGGGGAGCAUCGCAGAGGGCGAGGUGAUGUUACAGAGCAUCGUCAUGAGCACCGAUGUUGAAGUGGACAUCGGACGCCCGCCCUGGGAGCCGCACGGCGGUGCAGGCUGCAGCCUCGGUGGAGAAUCGCAGAUUCUCACGGGGGGGGCGGGGGGGGGGCCUGAGCGCCCGCUGGGUCAGCCCAUCGGCCGCGAUGCUGGCGACUCUUGA